AUGCGGACCGACGUUACAGCGUAUGAUAUUCAAAUGGUAGGGCGUUCCUUUUCCCGCGGCCUGUCGUGUCUACAUUCUCUCUAUCGAAAAUGUAAGUGUACGGGCUACUUGGGAAGGCCCCAAGAGUUGCUAAUCGGCUGAGCAGGUCUCCAAUCCAUCCUCAAGACCCUGAUAUCUUGGUCAAAGACUUUCAAAUGCACCCAUCACUUAGCAGGAGCCUCGUGAAAUCUUACUACGAAACUGAUCAUGACGCUGACUCUCUAUCGCAGCUCAACUUUGAGGGCUACUACACCAAGCAUCAAGUCAACGCGAUCAUCAGAAAGUUCGAAGCAUGUGUGCAUCAACAGCAAAAGCGCCAUGAGGCCGAGAUCGCCGAGCUCAAAGAGCAGCUCCGUCGCUUGGAGAGAGGUCGCCCAGCCAGUAAAGCACCGUAUCAUGAGUUUCGAAGGCCUGAUGGCACGCCAGUACGAUGGGCGCAUGAAAUUGAGGAAAUUGAACAUGCCAACGAAAGUGACGACAGCGAAUCUACGGAUGACGAGUGUGUCGGCAGGCGGAAGAUUGAUCACAACAAAGACAUGGAUCAGCAAGGCCGGCCUGAGCUCGUUGGCGACGAUGAAGAGCGCCUCGAUGUCGGCGAGUACACCCGUUAG